UUGGUGUCAUGUGGGAAUUUAUAUUUUAUAUACAAAGAUUAGUAAUAGGUGACUAGAGAGGGUGGGUUGGUUGCUUGGGGACAAAGCCGAGAGAGAAAGUGAAAUGGAUCCUCAACUAUGGCACAAAGUGGCUGCGAUUUCAGGAGUGGCAGCACUUGGAUUGGGAACCUACGGUGCCCACGUCUUCAAACCCCAAAACCCUUCUUACAAAGAUGUUUGGCAAACGGCGUCGCUUUACCAUUUGGUUCACACCGCUGCCUUGCUUGCCGCUCCAAUUACUAGACACCCCAAUCUUUUUGGUGGCCUUCUAACAACUGGCAUCUUGGCUUUCUCUGGAACGUGUUACACUGUUGCACUUCUUGAAGACAGAAAAUAUUCAACCUUGGCUCCAUUUGGUGGAUUUGCAUUUAUAGCAGCUUGGGGUAGCUUGUUUUUCUGAUGCUUCGCAAUUAGACUGUCAUGGAGUUGAUAAUAUUCCACCCAGAUACUUCAUAUUUGUAAAUCUUAUAUUGUUUUUCUUGCCAAUGGUUUAUGAUCUUGAUCAAUGUAUCUUUCAGACUUUGUAAUUUGGCGAUUAUGUUGUAUCCGAUGAUGUUUCAAAACAGAUCGUAGAUUUUCUGAUCAAGCUUACUCGUGUAUGUGAGCCCUCUAUCAGCAAAAAAAAAAAAAAAAACUACAGUAAAAAAAAGAGACAAGUUCUAUAUAUAUAUAUAUACAUCCCAUGACUGUUCAGGUGAAUGGAAAAUGAAUUU